AUGAUAUUACCAUCGAUGCAUAAUGAAACAUUGUUAUCAUUGGAAAAUGGAACACAACAACGAGAUCAAUCACAAAUAUCACUAAAUGAUCAAUCACUUGAUUUGUUAUCAAGACAAAAUAUUGCAGUGGAAAAAAAAUGUAUGAAAAAUGAAGUGUGGACUAAUUGUACUGGUUGCGAAUUAAGUUGUGAUGAGGAUGAAUUUCUACAAUGUCAAAAUAUAUGCUAUAAACCGGGAUGUGAAUGUCCAGCAAUUUUGGGAUUUCGUCGAGCAUCAAAUGGAAAUUUACUAAAGGAAUGUUCAAUAACGGAGGAAUUCAAAGAAUGUGGAAGUGUUUGCGAAGAAACUUGCGAUGAUUUUGGACAACCGAUAGUAUGCAGCAAGCAAUGUUUAGCAGGUUGUUUCUGUAAAGAAGGUUAUAUACGUGAAAAGAAAGGUGGUUGUUGUAUAUUACCGGAAUUAUGCGAUACAAAAAAACGAAGCCGAAUAUGUGGACCUAAUCAGGAAUACCGAAAAUGUGGUACAGCUUGUCCGAAGACAUGUAAUGGUUUGCCGGAAAAUUGUACACAACAUUGUGUUGAUGGUUGUUUUUGCAAAGAGGGUUAUGUUCUGGAUCUUGAUAAAUGCAUUCCGGAAGAUAGUUGCAAAGAAUCAAGAGAAUGUCCUGAAAAUGAAGUGUAUCGGAAAUGCGGAAGUCCAUGUCAGGAAAUCUGUGGUAAGCAAAAAGAAACGAAUUGUAAUGCUUGUAUAGAGGGUUGUUUUUGCAAAUUAGGCUAUGUAAUGGAAGAAAAAGUUGGUGCAUGCAUAAAACCGGAACACUGUAUGCCUCCAAAAUAUAUGAAAUGUCCAGGAAAUGAAACUUUCACAUAUUGCGGUGGCUGUGAAGGGACAUGCAAAAUGCAAUUUGUCAAAUGUCCAACUGAAUGUGGCUCACCACGCUGUGAAUGUUUGGCUAUGAAAAAUUAUAUUAUGUCGUCCUUCAUUAACUUUCCAAAACGUCUUAAGCCUGUGUCGUGGUACUUUGCCAUACGUUGUGGAUCAUCGUCCACACUCGCACCGGGCCGUAUUUAUUCGCAGAGACACUUAUUUGAAGUGAAAAAGACCCAAAUGAAGGCGAACAAUCCCGAAAAAUAUGCAUUAGCAUCAGAUUUCCUAGCGCACCGAGCUGAUCGUCCAAAAGACUACAAGCCAGACACGUCUGCAGAUCGAUCCAUAACUCCUUCUCCACAAGAGAAAAGACUUCUUGUUCUAACUGGUAUGUACAAACGUGAGUCAGAUAUUCCGGAAUUUAUCAGUGAAGUACGUAUUGCAAUGAUGAAGGAACGUCUGAAUUUUAUGGUAUCACUUUGCUUUUUGGUAACAUUGGUCAUCGCAUUUUUGACGACGAUAAAGACAAUGUAUCGUACAAGGACUAUAGCAGUGGGCGACUCUUGA